AUGCUCUCGGAUCCGACGACGGCCCUUUCUCCCUCACCCCUCCCCCUCUUUGUCUCAAAAAAAAAGAAAAAGAAAAAGAAAACUCCCUCACCCUCUCACCCCACGAACCCUAGCGCUCCAGGUCCGCCACCCACCUCACGCGCUCCCUCUCCCCCAUCCCUCCCCUCGUCUCCCACAUCACCGCCGCCACCCCGCCGAUCCCAUCCCUCCCGAUUUAGAUCCGACCCCGCCGCCCGCGCCCGGGCGCCACCACCCGCUCCUCCUCGCCUCCCGGAGGACGUCCGUCGCUCUUCCUUCGCCCGUCCCGGAGGCCUCAGUCUGCGCCCUCCGUCGCAGGGCCGCCGCGCUCGUCCUGCCGUCGGCGCCUCACCUCCACCGCCAUCUCCGCUGGCUCCUCGCCGACGCCUCCGCCCUUCCCCGUCUAGCGCACCGCUCGGGAACGAGCACUGGAAGGACCUGGUGGUCACCGUCCGGGACGACGUGCUCAUCCCGCGGCCCGAGACGGAGGCCGUCGUGGACAUGGUCGCCACCACCGACUACGAGCGGGGGUCCUGGUCCUGUCCCUCGUCGUCCUCGGCGGCGGCAUUGCGGUUUGGCUCCAUCGCCGUGCCCUGCGUCGACGUCUCGAUCAGCUUCACGGAUCGCCGUCUUCACGAGGUUGGUCGAAGAGGGCUGGAGUUCAUGCCGUUCCUGCUGUCCCUGUCCGUGUUCCUCUUUGGCACCUCCUGGUUCAUCUACGCCCUGCUCGGCCUCGACCCCUUCAUCUUCGACCUCAUCCUAGUUGGUGCAACUCCGGCCUUGUCACCCACACGUCGUGCCCGCAGCGGCCUCAGCGCCGCCGACACCACCACCAGCUUCGGCGCUUCGCGUUUGAGUUUUGCAGCGCCGGCGGACGUCCGAGCUGCUUACUGAAUGCCAGAUGGUGGAAAUGAUUGUGCUGAUAUACGCCCGCGACAGCCCCAAACGCUGGAGCAGUUCAACUCCUUGCGGGUCCCCAAGCUCAGGUUUGGACCUUUCUUGGUGGAUGUGUCUCCUUACUUCAUCUCUUUUACUUUCAACUUUGUCGCAACCAUAGAGGAUUCUUAAUUUGAUUCUUCUGGUCAUUAUUGGUGGUGCUACUGCUGUUGUUGUGGUUGUUGGAGGUGUUGCUGUUGCAUCUGGCGGAGCUGCCGUUGGGGCCCCAAAAGGAAUUCUACCUGAAGAAAUUCGGAGAAAACUUGAAGCCCCAGUUAGCGACUUGCUUUAUAUGUUAUUGACUUGUCAUGCUAAAUUUGUUGAGAAUUUUGAUGUACUGUUGCACAUGUUACUCGAAUGCUGGUAGUUAUGUACAUAUACUCACAAUAUUAUCCGUUGUUUACUUGAAAUGCAUUCUUGGGCUGAAAGUGGCUGAAAAAGUA